AUGACGAUUUCGAAAGUUCCGGCAACCAUGGCCGAUCUUGUUCGAGAGCAUCAAGCUCUUGUAGUUGAUAUGGAUGAUUUUAGUGAAAUUAGUAUGAUUGGCAGAGGUGGUGCUGCCGAAGUUUUCAAAUCUUACGAUUCCAAACUUAAAGUAGAAUGCGCAGUCAAGAGAUUAUACAAAGAAGACCUAUCAGAUAAGUCUUUAGCACAUCUAAUUCGUGAAAUUCAUACAAUGGCAUUAAUUAAUAACCGUUUUUGCAUGCCAAUGCUUGGAUUUUCAGCAGUACCUCCAUACUGCCUUGUUCUUGAAUAUUUGCAAAACGGUUCCCUUGAUGAAGCUAUUUUUAGAGCAAAUCGAAAACAAAUGUCCGAAACACACAUGUGCAUUAUUGCUCUUUGCAUUGCAAACGGUAUGGCGCACAUUCACGCCCACGGAGUUUACCAUCGCGACUUAAAACCAGGAAAUGUUUUACUCGAUGAGAAAGAAAUCCCCAGAAUUUGCGAUUUCGGCUUGGCUCGAAUUGAAAAUGGCACAAAAUGCUCUAAAGGUAUCGGUACACCAAAUUACAUGGCUCCAGAACAAAUUGAAUCAACACAAUAUACUCAUAAGGUCGAUGUCUACGCUUACGGUGUCAUGCUUUACGAAAUGGUUGAACGCCAACGUGCUUUCACAGGCUAUACAGUAAAAUCAGAGUUAAUUAACGCAAUUACUCGUGGAGAACGCCCUCAAUUCACUCGUAAGACACAUAAAACAAUGCAGCACUUGAUCACAAGAUGCUGGGAUCAAGAUCCAAACAAUCGUCCAGAGUUUACUGAAAUUUUCGAUCAAAUUGCCGACGGAAAAGCCAAAUGGAAGGAUGCCGACAGAAAGAAAGUCGAAAAGGUCGUCAACCAGAUCCGCGAGAACGACAAAAAGCCAGAAGUUCCAAGAGAAGUUUCAUCAAAAGUCAGAGUCAACAUUCAAAGGCUUCUUGACACUCUUGAACCGAAGAAACCAAAGGAACCAGAGCCAGCACCAAAGGUUCUCAAGCUACAAGAUCCUUCUUCCGAUGAAGAUCUCGAUUUGGCUCCGAAAGUUAACGUAGGAGGCGAAGUAACUCGAAAAGAUAUCGAUUACGUACAAAGACAGGAACAGAGACCACCUGAUAACAGCGUUGGUGUCAAUCCUCCGAACUCUACAAUGAUCAAUCCACAUUUCGGGAGGCCACAGCCAUUCCCACAGGCACAGGGAUUCCCUCCUGCACAAGGGAAUAUUCCUAUGCCAGCGAUGGCCCAAAGUUCCACUCCCCAUGGCUACAGAGGAGCUCCUCCAAGAAAUCCGAUGUCAGUUGUCCAGCAAAGACAACAAUCAGCGUUCGCGCAGAUCAUGAAUGGCCCACAGUCUUCAUACCAACCUCCUCCGAUGCCAAUGAUGCAAAAUCAGCCAACUAAUUUCGGACCAAGGCCAAAUAAGACAAGAGCAGGUUCACAUCCUUUACCAGAAGUUAACUAUGAUGGUGAUAUUCCAUUGCCAUCUAACAUUCCUCCACCUCCAUCUAUUACUCCUGCAUUUCUCCCCCCUCCUGAGAUUAGGGAGUUCUCCCCUGCACCUUUCCCGCAGCCAUCAAGAAAUUUGCCGGUCGAUUCGAGCAUCCUUUCCAAUCCUUCUUUGCCACAAUUCCUUCAAUGCGUCGAAUCUCUUCUUACAAAGAUCCAGGACCAGCAUCUUGCAACACUUGCACCAUUCAUUGCGUUCUACAUGGCUAAAAAUACAAGUCCUCUCGUUCAAUAUGCAGUUUUGCUCGCAACUGUCAGAUUAUGCAUCAAGUUUGGGCCAAAAUUCAUUGAACCAUUAAUAUCUGCAAGUGCUUUCAACGGUAUGCCAUUCGCUGAUCAAAGAUGCGAAGUUUUGGCAGCAGAUUUAUUAUCUAUCGUCUUCCAACGCGCCAGAAAACUCGUAACCGCCAACUUUUGGCCACAAAUUCUCUAUCUGGCCAAGAAGAAACCACUCGAUGCCGCUGUUUUGAUAAGAAUUCUUAUUAAUGAUCCGGAAUCCAUCCAAUCUACAGUGAUGCAGUACAUUUUACCAACAACAUCAUUGUUCAAGGACACACCAGCAGCAACGCGAGCCAUCGGAAUCAUCUCUUUCAUGCUGAAAAACGUUCAAUCAUUUGAGAUGAACUACGGAGAUGCAGCUUUGAGGCAAUUGGUCGCUUUCUCAGAGACCAAGAGUGUUGAAACUGCAAAGGCAGCUUACAACGCUUUGGCCCAACAUUUCAAACCAAAAAUUCAGCUUGAUUUCUACAUGAUGCUCUGGCACAUGAACAUCCCAUCGCUUGUUAAUCCAAUCCUCUCCAUAUUCAUACGCCAUCCGGACCUUCCUGCCUCUACAGAUAUAACACAAAAUUUAAUUGCCGCUGCAAGGACGAGCCAACUUGCAAGUCUUGUACUUCUUAAGUACGCGGAUACAUCUAUCAACCAGGCAAACGUUUUCCUUUACGACAAAUCAUGGUGUAAUGCAAGUUUACCUACAAUAAUCGAUACUCUCAAGGUUUUGUUGAUCCUGUUCAAAUACCCACCAAUGAGACCUUACGUUGCCAACCGCGAAAGCUUCCCAAUUUUAAUGAGAAAUUUGAUUGCGUCAAAGAUACCAUUUAUAUUAGUAGUUUUGGUAUCUGUCAUAAGAAGAUGCUCAUUGACGCCAGAUUUGCUCUUAAAAUUAUCUAAUGCUGGGGUUUUCUCAGAUUGGUACCAAGUAGGCAUUGCAAUGCAGGAUAAUUAUGUCCUCCAGAACUUGAUGGUCCUAACAGACACAUUGAUUAGAAUUGCUUAUAUUCCGGACUUGAAAUACAUCGUUGCUCCGGAAAUUGACAUUGUUAGAACAAAGACUCCUAGUAAUCUCGUCGAAUUCGCACUCAUGAACUUAGUGGCUGUUUCACAGUCCGAAGAAUGCGCAAAAAUUAUGAUUCAAAACAAAUUCCAAAAUGUUUUAGAAAAAGAAACACAUCAGCUCGCUGGAUCAAUCCUUAAUAACUUAAAGAAAUUUAUGUGA